AUGAACAAUGGAUAAAAAUAUUUGAAUGAACAAAUUGAAAAACUCCAAUCCAUAUAAAAAAAACUUUAUGAUUUCUCCUUUUGGAAAAACCCUAAGAUUGAAUCUCAUCUUUAAGAAAUAAGCAUGAGAAUUUAAUAUAUUAAUCAAAUUCUAGAAAAUUAGGAAAAAACAGAAAAAUAGUACUUCUUAUUAAGACAACAAAUUUUAAAUGAUAAUAAUAGCUAAAAUAUUGGAAAAAAUAUUGAUUAAGAUAUAAUUUAUACAUAUAAUCUAGAAUUUUUGAGCUAAAGGUAAAGCAAAUGUUAAUCUUUUUAAGAUAUUUCAGAAACUUGUUAUAGUGUAAUUAUUAAUUAAAUUAAUUCAUCCUCAAAUGACUCUGAAUAAUAAAAAGCAAAACCUUUAAAUAAUUAAAAUUAAUAGAAUUAGCAAUUCUAUAAAAGUAAUGAUCAAUUUGAUUAGAAUUUAUCACAAUCUUCGCAUUUAUCUUAAAGUCAGAAUCAAUAAUAAAAAGAAAUAGAUACAAAUAAGCCUUUAAAAAAUUAUCAUUAAUAAAAUUAGUAAAUCUAAAAAAAUACUGAAAAAUUUGAUUAGAAUUUAUUAUAAUCCUAAAAUCAAUAAUUCUAAUCUUAAAUUUUAAAGGGGAAUAACGACGAAUUAAAACAGAACUCUUCAUUUCAAAGUUAAUUGGAAAAUACAGCCUAAAAAACUAAAAUAAAUAUAGAAAUAUAACCAAAUGACAAAAGUAAUAUUUAAUAAAAAAAUGCCUAAUUUGAGUAAACAGAAUAAAUAAAAGGUGAAAAAUAUGAUUCUCCAAUUUAAUCUGAUAAUGAAGGAGAAGAGAUGAUGUAUUCUGCUAUUUCUUCUCAUAGUAAAAUAGAAUAAUUUAAAUAAUAAUAAUAAUUAUAGUAGUAAAAAAAUAUGCCAUAAGAGUUGAAUUAAGAAAUCAAGCAAACUUAAGAUUAAAUGAAUAUAAAAAAUAAUGAGGAUUCCAAAUAGAUUCAAGUCAUCAGCGAAAAAAAUUUAAAUUUAACUAAAUAAAUAAAAAGAAAGUAUUGGUAUCAAGUAAAAUAAGAAUUAGUCAUAAAAAUGAAAGAAGACAUGAAUUAAUAUAAAAUGAGUAUUGUUGAUUAACCUUAAAUUUCAGAAGAUGGUAGCCUAAAUCUAUGCCCAAUUUGUUAUGACAGAUAUUUUGCUGAUAGCGAUUACUAAGAUAAAUAUGUAAUAUCUUUAAGUUGUUCUCAUCAAUACCAUUAUGAUUGUCUAUAACCUUUAUUAAAUAAAAAAUCUCUAAAAUGUCCUGUUUGUAAUUAAAUAUUUGGAGAAUAGAAAGGGGAUUAACCUGAUGGAACAAUGGAUAUUAAAAAAAUAAAGAGUAAGUGUGCAGGUUAUAAAUGUGACACGAUUUAAAUUACAUACAAAUUUCCUAGUGGAUUAAGAAAUGGUAGGCAUUAUUAUGGAACAACAAGAUAUGCAUUUUUACCUGACAAUGGAGAAGGUAAUUAUGUAUUAAGUUUAUUAUAAAAAGCUUUUAAAUAAAAAUUAUUAUUUACUAUAGGAACAUCAUUAACAACAGGAGAAGAAAAUUGUGUUAUUUGGAAUGGGAUUCAUCAUAAAACAAGUUUAGAUGGUGGUUCAUCAAAUUAUGGUUAUCCAGAUCCUACAUAUUUUGAUAGAGUAGUAGAUGAAUUGAAGUAAAAAGGUAUUAUUUGA